AUGAGUUUGAAUCUACCAAAUCCCAGUCUAAUAGGUAUACUACUAGUCAUAUCAACCCAUAGUGGACCGCAAUUAAUAUAUAAAUAUCCAUUUGAUUUAUCCAAUGACCCAUCUAGAGACGAAUCGAAGUAUGCAUUGGAUGACAAUGAAGACGAUGAAUUAUAUGACCACGAGGAGAGUGAGGAUGAAAACGAAGUAAAUGAAAACGAAAUGUAUGGGGUUAACUCACGAAACUGGGACUCGAAACAUAUCGAUUACUACAUGGGCACCAAGUCAGACCUUCUAAAGUUUUUAGAUGAACAAGACUCCCGGAGAAGGAAAAUCACAACCACAUCACCAUCAGAAGAGAAACAUACAAAGGAAAAACAUGGCCUAACAAAGACAAUAUCAAAGUCAAGCACCAUGGCUAGUCUGUCAACGACAUCACCGCCAGAAAGCUCAAUACAGGGAGAAAUAUUUGGAACAGAUGCAGCCUACAUAUGUGAAAUGUUGGCACCACCCAAACAAAUGUGCAAUACUCGUUUUGAAAUGACUAUUCAAGACAAGCUAUUUUUGGGACUACCCGUUCACAGACUGGACAAUGGACAGUGGCGUAGCAUUGGCCACAACAACGAGCACGAUGAAGAAGAAACACACACUGCCAAAAACAGCUUAAACAUGUUUCACUUGGUAUUUGUGAUGAACCCACCAGUUAUUGAAAGCAACUAUAGAGUAGAUGAAAUGUUCCAUUAUGUAAUAUCAAGGUUGUCGCUUGUGUUGCGUUAUGAACAGCAAAAGCAUGAUUAUGUGUCCCAACAGGUGAAGAACAUUUUGGCGCUACGAGAACUGCUUGAAGGAAACGAGUCAUUGUUGACCGAAAAAUCGUCAUUGUCCAGAGUGAUACGUGAUUGUUUUGAAGGGAUCAGCACGUCGACCAUUGCCAAUCUCUCCAUAAAUGGGAAGUUGCGCUCAUUUCAAAUACCAAUCAAAACUGAGUUCCAUUCCCUACCUGAUCCGUCUGUUCCCUUUCUCCCAGCUUCAUAUUUGUCGUCUACAGUGGAGCUACUUGGAGACACAAGCUUUAUCAACGUAGGAGAAACAUCCAGAUACGGCCAUGCGUUCAAUUCAGUACAAGACGAGGAAAACUCGGCAGAAAAGAUUAUUGUUUAUUUCGCUCUACUAUUAUUGGACGACCCAGAAUCAAUCAUCAAAGAUAUGAAGACUGAGACUGACUCAACAUUAGCGAAGUUCAUUCGAAUGAUCGAGCCCACUGAAUCGUUGUUGAAACUAUCAGCAAGAAAUAGCAAGCUCGAUAUCUCCCAAAUCAAAGACUUUGCCUUUCACCUCAUUUAUUGGAGACGUGCCCGUGUGAUACUACCGUUGUCAUCGAGGUCUGUCUACAUUGUGUCUCCAAUGGCUCCCAUCACUAUAAAGUUGUACGACGAUAUCUCAUUUUUUAAUCGCCGAUUCCCAACGUUGCCGUCUUUACCCCACUUUCUCAAGUUGUUAUCUCCACAGUCCAGAAAGCCUCAACAGUUUGCAACAGUGAUACCUUCUAAAGACCAUCGUGAUAGGUAUUUGCAAGCAUUAGGUUGGUUGAUCAAACACGGCUACGUAACCCAGCUUCAGACUUUCAUUUGGCUAAAAAUUUCCCGCAAAAUAAAAAUUAAGGUGGAGGAAGAUAUCGAGAAUGAGAACUUGGCAAAGAAAAAGAAAAAGCAGAAGAAUGGAUCUGUGACCGUAGCGACUGCAAAUUCAUCAAAGACCGAAGCUCCAAUUAUGCCAACCGAUAACACUUCAAAGCAAGUUAGUGAUUCCAAAGACCUGGAUAAACCAGAGGACGAUGAGUAUGCAUCUAAACCCCGCUUGGACGGUCUACAUGAACAUAUAGACGGGACUCCUAUAGUAACACUAGUUCAGGGGGAUGACACAAUCAUCCUUGAUCCUGGGAGAGCAACAACGUUGGAACGUCGAUGGAUAAACAAGAUUAUAUACGAAGAGUGCAAACUAUCUCCCGAACUUACAGCUGUUUUCUACAAAUUGCUCAAAUACAUGAAUGGGAAAAACUCUCUUGAAUUGUUAUUGCUAAAGGAGAAUAUCUCGCGAAGUGAGUUGCGGAAACUAUUGUUAUCUAUUGAAGAGCAUAUCAUUUCAGUAAGACACUGGUAA